CCCGGCGGGGACAUUCAAAACCAUGGCAGACGACUCAAACCAAUCCAAAUCAACACCAAACAUAGACGUUUCGACCAUUGCUAACAACGGAGACAAUGGGAUAACGAGGCGACUGACGUUUUCGUCAGAAAAAGACGUUGUCGCGCUGGAGGAAACAAGUAUCACGUCUGAAAACGUGACGUUACAAAGUGUUCCCGACGACUCAAAUCCACGCCGACUGUCUGCGGAAGUCACAGAGCAGCUCUCUCCGCAGGUCGUAAACACGCGUUUAAAGCAGGAAAAUACAACGGAAUUGAAAGAUGCCUCCCCUGAACAUCGAUUAAAUACGAAACGGCAAAUUGAGUACAACGCUGAAGAUAAGGAAAACAACGCUCUGCCCUCCACAACCAGCCCUCCAGAUAACACACAAGAAGAAGAUGACCCUUCUUGUCAGGCAAGUUUGCAAGAUUCCAUUGUGACUGCCGGUAAACAACAUUGCAACACAGAGGACGUUGAUUCUGAGGUGAUGAGAAAAGCACAGGACGAAGGCCGUGUGAACGUGGUUUUCCCUGGCACUGUAACCCAGGAAGGCUGCUGCCGCUUUGUCAGCGAGAUCCUCAAGUGCAUUCUCUAUCAGAGACAGCAACUACCCAUGACCUACGACCAGCUGGUGUACUCCCAGAAGAAACAGCAAGCCUCAAUGCAGGAUAAAGACAUAGUAAGUCGGAGGCCGGUGAAAGUUGCAGAUAUGGAACGGCGCAAGUGUCAACAGACCCUUCAGGAGCUAGAGGAGGUGCUGCAGCAGCUGGAGGUGCUUUUUUCCCUUAGCAGGGUUCCCCGCGUGCUGCUGCUAAUGGGUGGCUCCCUCAUCCUCCCCAAAGAGCUGUAUGAGAUCAACAUGGAGGCUCUGAUAUUAGCUGGGGGAGAUCAAUGUCUACGCGUGUCCUCAUGCUUGAGGCAAGUCUUCCGCACCCUGUUUGUGGCUGACCUUUUGUCUGACAACAAACCUGUUCGUUUAAUGCCCACCACAGUCUUGGCACUGGCUCACAGGGAUUGCGGUGUAGGUUGGUUCCGCCCUAAACUCCAAUUUAAAAUGCCAACUCGUGUAAAACACCAAAUUAUUGCUCUGUCUACUGAUCCCAGUAUCUGUAAGGAACCAAGGGCACAGGCGUCAGACUGGUUGGAUUAUGUGUGGUUUCAGGCGCCCAUGACUAUCAAGGGCGUUGGCAACUGACUGAAAAAGUUCGGGAUCACAUAGUCUUAGAUUGGAGCUCUCUUUCUUGGGACUUUAUAUUACAAUUACAUUUUAAUGGUGCUUCAAGUGAAUUUGAACUUGAAUUUUGGAUUGAGCGCUCCGUAUUUUAAUGAAUUAUGAGUAACGUUUUUUCUGAUUGUGAUUAAAAGCAUUUCACCUAAAAUAUUGACAAGCAGUAUGGUGUACUACCUUUUUUAUAGUCUUCUGAAAUGCUGAGAGAAUCUGUUAACAAGAGGCUUUAUUUGUUUGUGAAAUCUAUUAAGAACAUUGUGUAUCAUUGUUAAUAUUUGUGAAGAAUGUUUUACGUGUUUUGCAAAAAGAAAAAUCACUCAAAUUUUAGAGAUGUUAAGCACAGACCAACACACACAAUAUUGGUGUAAUAUAUUUUGAGCAGAACUUGAAAGGUUUAAUGCAUUACAUUGCUUUCUUUAAUCCAAUCUUUGAAUACAUUGGAAUGCA